CCGGGAGACCUCCACCAACGUUUCACUUCACUGUUCCUCGCGCUGCAAAAAGGGAGGACUGGGGCUUUUAAUAAAUCCGUCAAACUGUUCUGCUCACAGUUUCCUGCCUCAGGUGCCCCAGCACAUGACUCUAAAAGUACUUGAGGUCUCCAUGCCCUCCCGUUCAUAGCGACAGCCCGGUGCGACAAUGACCAUCCAUGUAGAGGGGCUUGUGGCUAUCGCGCUCUUCUAUAUGCUCAUCCUGUUCGUGGGCAUCUGGGCGGCAUGGAAGAACAAACACUCCGGGGAGGCGGAGGGCACCGACCGCAGCGAAACCAUCAUGGUCGGAGGGAGAGACAUUGGAUUAUUUGUCGGAGGUUUUACUAUGACAGCGACCUGGGUUGGAGGCGGAUACAUCAAUGGCACAGCUGAAUAUGUGUAUUUACCUGAUUAUGGUUUGGCUUGGGCGCAAGCUCCCUUUGGAUACGCCCUCAGUCUUGUCGUGGGUGGUCUUUUCUUCGCUAAGCCCAUGCGCUCACGAGGUUACGUCACCAUGUUGGACCCAUUCCAGCAGCUGUAUGGAAAACGCAUGGGUGGCCUCCUCUUCAUACCUGCACUGAUGGGAGAGAUCUUCUGGUCCGCUGCCAUCUUGUCUGCUCUGGGUGCGACUCUGAGCGUCAUUGUGGACAUCAACAUUAAGAUGUCCGUGGUUAUCUCAGCUCUUAUUGCAAUCUUCUACACGCUGGUUGGAGGACUUUACUCUGUGGCCUACACUGACGUUGUGCAGCUCUUCUGUAUCUUCAUCGGCCUGUGGAUCAGUGUCCCCUUUGCCUUGACCAACCAGGCCGUGUCAGACAUCACUGUGACUGCAGUGAAGCACGUGUACCAGUCGCCCUGGAGAGGCAGCAUCGACAAGGGCGACACCUGGGUCUGGAUUGACAACAUCUGCCUCCUGAUGCUGGGAGGAAUACCCUGGCAGGUGUACUUCCAGAGAGUCCUCUCAGCCUCAUCAGCCACCUACGCUCAAGUCCUCUCCUUCCUGGCUGCCUUCGGGUGCCUCGUCAUGGCUGUUCCCUCUGUGCUCAUCGGGGCCAUCGGGGCCUCCACAGACUGGAACCAGACCUCGUAUGGUGCCAUUCCUCCGAAAGACAAGGACCAAGCCGACAUGAUUCUUCCCAUUGUGCUGCAACACCUUUGCCCGCCAUUCGUCUCUUUCUUUGGCCUGGGCGCCGUGUCUGCUGCUGUCAUGUCAUCUGCCGACUCCUCCAUCCUUUCCGCAAGCUCCAUGUUUGCGAGAAACAUCUACCAGCUUGCAUUUAGACAAUCGGCGUCUGACCGUGAGAUCGUAUGGGUGAUGCGUAUCACCAUCUUUGUAUUUGGUGGCCUUGCCACUUUGAUGGCGCUGGUAACCGGGACAGUUUAUGGCCUCUGGUACCUGAGCUCGGACCUGGUUUACGUGAUCAUUUUCCCCCAGCUGAUCAGUGUCCUCUUUGUCAAAGGCACCAACACGUACGGCUCGGUGGCUGCCUACCUGUUCGGAAUGUUUUUACGAAUCGGCGGAGGUGAACCCUACCUGCAGCUGCCUCCUUUCAUUUACUACCCCGGCUGGACCACUGAGCAGAGGAAGCACCACAUUACUGGAGACAUGGAGGAAGUGAUUGUCCAGAAGUUCCCCUUUAAGACUGUCUCCAUGCUCGCCUCUUUUCUUGGUAACGUUGCUGUCUCCUACCUGGCAAAGUACCUGUUUGAGAGCGGGAAGAUUUCACACAAGUACGACUUUCUAGACGCGGUGGUGUCUAAACACAGUGGAGAAAUUAUGGAUAAGACCACACUUGUAACUCGUGGCAACAACAUCGGGCUGUCAGAGAUGGCACCCGUUAAACCGCGGCUGAGCGUGACCUUGGCGGCAGCCUUCACACGCCGUGACACGCUGGCAAAAGAAACAGUGGAAGAGGAGGAGGAGUCAAGCCCUGACUCCUCCCACCAUGAUGAUGAAUGACAAACUGAGGAUGGGAUUUAAAAACACAGAGACAUGAUGGGAACUGCCAGAUAACUGGUUACUCUGUCAUAUAUACUGGAACAAAACAAAGACUAACAGACGACAGGGGACAAUGCCCCUGGAACUAUGUUACCACCACAUGCCGCUUUGUGGUGAUUGGAUAAAUUCCACAUGUCUGGAUAUAUAGUGUAGCAGCUUGCUGGUCGUCUGGACAUAAACUUGUCUUUCAGUGAAGUUCUUCCAACCAUACAUUUAAUCAUAUAAAACUUAUAGAUAGUUGGGUGUAUCAUAUUCACCUUUUUUGAACUGGUUUGGAGAUUUACUUGGUUUGACUGGUUUCAUUUUCUCCUCCAUUCACCUUGUUUGCGCGGAAGCCAUUUCUCUCGCCGUCACUCUCAACGGGAGGAACUCAAAUGCCGCCAUCAUGUUGUACAGCUGUGUUUAGGUUCUCAAGAUGUUUUAACAUUUAGAGCAUUCCACUGCUUCCUGACUAAUCAGCAACUUACAAAUGAUGACAGUGAUGGUGAAAAUCUGUCGUGAUAUUGGGACCUAUUUCAUGGUCAACAACUUAUGAUAUAACAAAAUAGCUACUGCCAGACAACACCUAUUGAUAGCAUGCAACCCCUUUUUUUUGGUAAAAUUACCGUUAGCUAAAAAUGAAUGCCUGUCCUGUCACAUUUUGUAAGACUAAGGUACUAGGUACCGGCUAACAGUUAAGUUAGCAAGUACGUGGCUUAAGCUUAUGUUAAUUGUUGUACGAUACGAUACGCUUUAUUGUCCUCUUGAGGAAAUUUGUCUUGGAAUCAAAGCGCUGGCAAACAUUCAGCUGC